AUCAGAAUAUUUGCUCCGUUUAUUAAUUAUUUUGGGUGUGCUUCCUCUUCAUCUUGCUGACAGUCAUACAGUACUACAUAGGCCCAACAAUAGAGCACAAGGUGCUCGCACCAGUUCUUGUCACAAGAACAUUAUUUGGGUUCCUGUGUCUUUUUGCGCUUAUGGUUUCUAAGUGGCGCAAGAAGCAUUUAUCCAUGGAUGACACUCUUGAAGAAUUCCUCCAAAGUCAAAAUAAUUUUAUGCCCAUAAGGUACUCUUACUCACAAAUUAAGAAGAUGAGCGGACAUUUUCAGGACAAAUUGGGGGAAGGAGGCUAUGGCUCUGUCUUCAAAGGAAAACUUAGAAGUGGCAGACUGGUAGCAAUCAAGAUGUUGGGCAAAGCAAAAGCUAACGGACAAGACUUUAUUAAUGAAGUUGCAACCAUUGGGAGGAUUCACCAUGUCAAUGUGGUGAGUCUUGUUGGCUUCUGCUCCGAGGGAACAAAACGUGCUCUUGUAUAUGAUUUCAUGCCCAAAGGAUCUCUUGACAAAUAUGUUUCGCCCCGAGAGGGGCAUAUCUCCUUAAGUUGGAAGAAAAUGUAUGAAAUUUCUCUUGGGGUUGCACGAGGGAUUGAAUAUCUGCAUCGAGGUUGUGACAUACAGAUCCUACACUUUGAUAUUAAGCCUCACAACAUCCUUCUCGAUGAAAAUUUUGUUCCAAAGAUAUCAGAUUUUGGCCUUGCUAAAUUAUACUCAACAGAUGAUAGCAUCGUGUCUGUCACUGCGGCAAGAGGAACAAUCGGAUACAUAGCUCCAGAGUUGGUCUUCAGAAGAAUUGGAGGUGUUUCAUACAAAGCUGAUGUAUAUAGUUUUGGGAUGCUAUUAAUGGAAAUGUCAGGGAAAAGGAAGAGGCUCGACACAACAACGGAUAAUAAUUCAAGUCAGACGUACUUUCCUUUGUGGGUGUACAAUGAAAUGGUCCAAGGAAAGAUUACAGAAGUCGAUGAUGCCAUAGCAAAGGAGGAUGAGAAUAUCAUUAAGAAGAUUACCAUAGUAGGAUUAUGGUGUAUUCAAAUAAGGCCUUGCGAUCGUCCUUCAAUGAGAAAGGUAAUCCAAAUGCUUGAAGGGCAUGUAGAAAAUUUGAAAUUGCCACCUGAGCCUACUUUUAAUAUAGAACAAGUACCAACAGAGAAUGUUGAAGAAGCUACAAACCCAACAUGGUCGUCUCUGACAUCAGUAGGCACUUCAGAAUCUGUCAGAUUAGUUAUAGAUGUAGAAUAAGUAAUUAUAAGUACUGAG